AAAAUUGAUGAUCAUGACACAUACAGACUUGUUUGUCUGUCUGCACAAGAAUUUAUCCUGCAAAUCUAAUCUAUUUCAAACUUGCAAUCUUCAAACCCAUACCAACCAUACUUAUAAUAGAAUAAUACAAACCCUUGAAAAUUUGAAACCCAGACAAAUCACACCACCACCUCUCUCUUUCUUUCACUGUAUUAUAUAUACAUAUAACAAUCCCUGAUUCAACACUCUAUCUCUGUACAAAACCAGCAAUCAAUCAAUGGCCUCUUAUCCAAGUCUGAUUUCCCAUCUGCGUUUCAUUCUUCUCUUCCUUUCUCUCUCUGAAGCCGCCCUUUCUCUCUCUAACAAUUCUUCUUCGUCAGUGUAUGAAAUCUUGCCCAAAUAUGGCCUACCAAGUGGGCUGCUGCCCAAUUCAGUAACCAACUACACUCUCUCAGAGGACGGCCGAUUCGUCGUUGUUUUGGGGAAGCCGUGUUAUAUUCAAUUUGAUUACUUGGUCUAUUAUGAAACAGAGAUUACAGGGAAGUUAAAUAUUGGGUCGAUUACGAAUUUAAAAGGGAUUCAAGUUCAAAGAUUCUUUUUAUGGUUUGAUGUUGAUGAGAUUAAAGUUGAUCUGCCACCGUCUGAUUCUAUUUACUUCAAGGUUGGCAUCAUUAAUAAGAAACUCGACGUUGAUCAGUUUAUGACUGUUCACUCUUGCCGUGAUGGUGUCUCUGGCAAAGGAUUCUGGGACCGAUUUCUCCAGCUUCCAAUUCCCAAGGAUGAUAUUCAAAUGCUAAUCACAGAAUAGAGGCAGCCAAUUGCUUCUGGUGUAUAGGAAACGAGCUGAGGAACUUUGAUAUCCAAGUGUCUAGGCUUCUAAUAUUAAGGGUCAUUUUUGGACUCAAACCAGGAGCCUGUCAAGGGUCAUCUAUGAGAUAGUCAAGGAACUUCUCCUCUCUUGAGCUUAAAUUGUAUUAAUGAGCAUGGAAAACUGUUUGUAUAUAAUAGACAUGUAAUUCUAAAUGUACUGGUAGUGUGUGUGUGUAUGAACUAUCCAUUUUGAACAAAUUCAUCAUGGAGAUAUCUCAGCUUGUGGCUUCAUCCUUAUUGAAUUUAUGGAUAAGAUUCAUAAACAUUCAUAGAAA